AUGCGCCGAUUCUAUUUCCGCACAAUAGCCGGGGUACUCGGACCACCCAUGAUUCUGUGCUACCUCGUUGUGAUAUGGCAAAAGUAUCUUGUUCCCAUCGACCCUGACUCGCCGGUAUCUUUUGGACCAGCAGGAGCGAAAUGGAUCUUCUACAGUUGGUUUGUCGCUGGAAUCAUUGGACUCAACUUGAGUCUUUAUGGGCUGGCGGGGGCAGAAGCUGGCAUGCUAAUGGAUCCAUUUUGGCGAGUCAAUAAUGCCAUGGUUCUCAUGCUCCACGCGGAUAAUACUUGGUCUGGUCCAGGUGGCUGGGGAAAGGCAAUCAAAUGGGUCGUGCGCAUGCGUGGAACUGGUCACAAGCAGACUCGACAUCCAGGGCGCUUGUGGUUCAUUCUCGCACUUCCUAGUAUGGUUGUCUUUGUAGCGUGGCCACUGUCCGGUCUUUGUUUGGAAAUGACGAGUGGUUUCGUACGAGGCUCACCAGGAAGCGCACCCAGUGUUUCUGGAUUCGUGUACUCCGACUUCAAUGGCAGUCCAGGAGGUCGUAGCCCUUCGAAAGAGCCUCAGCCCGAUGCACGCGUCCCUGGAUUUGGCGCAGUAUACACACCCCAGGGCUUCGACCGAUCUAAGAAGAACUUUCUCCAACAAGUUCCAGUGGUCUUACCCAUGGAUGAGGGAGUCGAGGAGAUUUUCUUGACUGCUCAAGGCAAGACGCCGAUUGAUGGCAAGGCCUGGGGCCUGUUACUUCACUAUGAAUGCAGCAUCGUGGAUAAGUUAUCCGACAUGCGUCUACUCAACCAACGUCGAUCUUCGAUGGAUGUCUGGGGAUCCAAGGACGUUCGCAAGGAGCCCCAAGGCAAAAAUAAUGGGUUGUGGGACUUCAAACCUGAAAAAUGGUCUUUGAAUAUCGAUGCUGUCAUAGAGACCGCAUACGAGACAUUACUGAUGCCUAACACGUUACCUAGAGAAAACCCUUGUACCUACGAGGACGUGCUGAAUGAGAAUUCACCUACUGGGUACUGCUACUAUAACACGGACAGCAUCGCAGCACAAGACAACUCGAAAAUGGAUCAAAAGCGAAUCUUCGAAGUACUCUUAUGGCAAGGACUCAUCGGUCCUCUAUCCGCAAUCGGCGUGUCCUGCACUUCAAAAAGUAGCGUCGGCACCGCAGAUAUCAACGGCGUCCACUCCACCUUCUCAAACUUCAGCCGAACUGACACCCCCAUCCCCACCCGCCGCGGCGAGUGCGCCCGAAGCCUCGGCGCCGAAACCCUCGCCUGCACACUCAAACUCCAGGAAAACGGAUGGCUACGAUGGUUCUUUGAUUCCGUCGGCGCACCGCUCCCCAUCGAUAGCGUCCAAACGAAUAACCCCGGCUUCAUCGAACUCGGUUUCAGAGAAAACGUCCAACUAGCUUACCUGCAGGCGUCACAGCUGAGGCAGAGUUUGCUUAAGGCGUUUUCGUCAUACGCCAUUACCCUCAUGUACAACGAUGGUCGCGAUUUCAUCGCCCCCGAUGGGAGUCGCCUUGUCAAAACGAACCCCAACAUGACUGCCUUCACUGCCGGCACCGUCAUAACGGGAAACGUCAUGCCUGCCAUUAUCCCCAUUGCGCUAUUCGGCUUCUGGGCCGUCACCAGCUCGGCUUUGUGUCUUGUAUACGGUUUUCGCAGGCGCUGGAGUGCGAUGUUGGAUGGGCACACUGUUUUUAGACUCGGUGUCGAGUUGAAGGAUGGGUACAAGGCGAAAUUUAUGAAGCAUUCGUCACUGGCGGAGAUUGAGGAGUGUAGUGCAUUGCAUGAGAUUCCAGGGUUUGUGGGUGAUGUGCAGCCGAGGCAUCGUUUGGGGAGAAUUGGACUGGUGGAGGGGGAGGCUGCUGAUAAGGAUAAGUACUAUGAGUGA